AUCUCAGAGCUUCGCACAGCAGUUCGGACCUGGCGAUGGCAUCACCUCUGCCCUUGCUCUAUCUCUGCCUUGCGGCCUUACACCUAGCGGGAGCGCGAGAUGCCACCCCCACCGAGGAGCACACUUCAACCGCCAGGGGUCUUCAGGGACGGCCGCCAGAUACCGGUCAGCCCUCACCAGCCCUGGAAGACUGGGAGGAGGCCAGCGAGUGGACAUCGUGGUUCAACGUGGAUCACCCGGGAGGAGAUGGCGACUUCGAGAGCCUGGCCGCCAUUCGAUUCUACUAUGGUCCCGCGCGGGUGUGCCCGAGACCACUGGCACUGGAGGCGCGCACCACCGACUGGGCGCUACCAGCUGCAAUGGGCGAAAGGGUGCACGCCAACCCAGAGCGUGGCUUUUGGUGUCUCAAUCGUGAGCAGCCGCGAGGCCGCCGCUGCUCCAACUACCACGUGCGCUUCCGCUGCCCACUGGAGGCGGCUUGGGGCGCUUGGGGAGCGUGGGGCCUCUGCUCCAAGAGUUGCGGGCUAGGUCGUCGCCUGCGCCGCCGCAGCUGCCAAAGCUCCUCUGGGGACACGUGUCCCGGGAGCCCCCAGGAGGCGCAGAAGUGCGUGAGAUCCCGUUGUCCAGGGUGUAGCUCCGACACCUGCGGGUGCCCCAACCACAUCCUCCUGGGUUCGGUGGUCACCCCAUCUGGGCGACCGCUGUCAGGAGCCAGGAUCUCCCUGCGAACCCGACCUGGAACCAUAGCCACCAGCGGUACCCAUGGAACCUUCCAAGUGCCCGGAGUCUGCGCGGACAGCAAGGCCAGUGUCAGUGCCCAGAUGAAGGGGUUCUCUGCUGGCACAGCCCAGGCUCACGCCAACAGCUCCAACACAGCCACAGUCACCAUCAUCCUUGAAGAGUUAGGGAAGCCGUACCUGGUAAAGCACCCUGAGUCUCGAGUUCGAGAGGCAGGUCAGAAUGUGACCUUCUGCUGCAAGGCCUCGGGGACACCCAUGCCCAAGAAAUAUUCCUGGUUCCACAACGGAACUCUCCUGGACCGACGCCAGCAGGGGUCUGGGCCACACCUAGAGCUCCAGGGGCUUCACCAAGCGCAGGCAGGGGAGUACCACUGCAAGGCCUGGAACGAGGCGGGCACGGUGCGAUCCCGCGCCGCCCUCCUCACGAUACUCGCUCCUGGCCAGCAGGCCUGUGACCCCCGACCUCAGGAACACCUGAUCAAGCUUCCGGACGAUUGCGGCCAGCCCGGAGGCGGCCCCACGUACCUAGACGUGGGUCUGUGCGCGGACACGCGCUGUCCGGGCCCUGUAGGCUCAGGCGCUCGCUGUGGGGACGCGGGCUCUCGCUGCUGCUCAGUGCUGCGCCUAGAGAGCAGGGACAUCCGCUGCUCCGGCUACGUGCUCCCGGUGAAGGUGGUGGCCGAGUGUGGCUGUCGCAAGUGCCUGCCCCGUCGGGGACUGGUGCGGGGCCGCGUGGUGGCUGCGGAUUCCGGGGAGCCCCUGCGUUUCGCCAGGAUACUGCUGGGCCGCGCACCCAUCGGCUUCACCUCCUACCAGGGCGACUUCACCAUCGAGGUGCCGCCGGCCACCGAGCGCCUCGUGGUGACUUUCGUGGACCCGAGUGGCGACUUCGUAGACAGCGUCCGCGUGCUGCCUUUCGACCCUCGCGGAGCCGGUGUGUACCACGAGAUCCGCGCGCUGCGCAAGGCGGCCGCAGUGCUAUUGGACGCGGAGCGGGGCGGUGAAAUCCCGCUGGGCAGCACAGAGGAGGCGCCAGCGCUAGGCGAGCUAGUCCUGCCGCCCGGGACCUUCCACCACCCCGACGGCCGUCCCUACGCGGGGCCCGUGGAGGCGCGUGUCACUUUCGUGGACCCUCGUGACCUGGCGUCGGCGUCCGCGGCGUCCAGCGACCUGCGGUUUCUGGACAGCGCGGGUGAGCUGGCGCCUCUCCGAACCUAUGGCAUGUUUGCAGUGGACCUGCGCGCGCCCGGCUCCCCGGAGCAGCUGCACGUGGCGCGCGCGGACGUGCGCGUGGACGCCGACCACGUGCGCAUGCCCGGUCACGCCGAGGCCCUGGCACUCUGGUCGUUGGACCCGGAGACCGGCCUGUGGGAGGAGGAGGGGGCUGAGCAAGGAGGCGGUGGCUUCCGGCGUGAGACGGCGGCGGCGCGCGUGCGCAGGGAGGAGCGCGCGUUCCUCGUGGGCGCGCUCACCAUGCGCGAGCGCCGCUUGUUUAACCUAGACGUGCCUGAGCGGCGACGGUGCUUCGUGAAGGUUCGCGCCUACGGCACGGAUCGUUUCGCGCCCGCAGAGCAGGUGCAGGGCGUGGUGGUGACGCUGCUCAACCUGGAGCCCGCGCCCGGCUUCACGGCCAACCCACGCGCGUGGGGCCGCUUCGACAGCGCGGUCACAGGGCCCAACGGCGCGUGCGUGCCGGCCUUCUGCGACGCCGAGAAGCCCGACGCCUACACAGCCUUUGUGACCGCGGCUCUGGGAGGCGAGGAGCUGGAGGCCGCGCCGUCGCGGCCACGCGCGACCGCGGCCGCCGUGGGCGUGGCGCAGCCCUACCUGGAGCGCCUAGGCUACCAGCGCACUGAUCACGACGACCCUGCGCUCAAGCGCACUGGCUUCCGCUUGAACCUUGCGCGUCCACGCGCAGGCCACGAGUCCGAGGCGCACGGGCCCGUGUAUCCGUGGCGCCGCCUGCGCGACUGCGAGGACGCGCCAGUCACUGACAGUCACUUCCGAUUCUCGCGCGUGGAGGCGGACAAGUACGAGUACGACGUGGUGCCGUUCCACGAGGGAGCGCCCGCCUCUUGGACCGGCGACCUGCUGGCCUGGUGGCCCAACCCGCAGGAGUUCCGCGCGUGCUUCCUGAAGGUGCGGCUGCAGGGCCCGCAGGAGUACAUGGUGCGUUCGCACAACGCAGGUGGCACCCACGAAGCCACACGCGGCCGCCUCUACGGGCUGCGCGACACCCGCAGCGUGCGCCACCCUGAGCGCCCCGGUGCCUCGGCUGCCUGCGUGGAGUUCAAGUGCGGCGGCAUGUUGUUUGACCAGCGCCAGGUGGACAGGACACUGGUAACUGUGACCCCACAGGGCAGCUGCCGCCGCGUGGCCGUCAACACGCUUCUGCAGGACUAUCUAGCCAGGCACCCGCCGCUCGCUCCUGCUGAUGACCCCGCCGCCUUCGCCAUGCUAGCUCCGCUCGACGCUCUGGGCCACAACUAUGGCGUCUACACGGUCACCGACCAGAGCCCACGGUUGGCCAAGGAAAUUGCUAUCGGCCGCUGCUUCGACGGCUCCUCCGACGGCUUCUCGCGGGAGAUGAAAGCGGACGCGGGCACGGCAGUCACCUUCCAGUGCCGAGAGCCGCCCGCCAGACCCAGCCUCUUCCAGCGGCUGCUAGAGAACCCUUCAUCAGCGCUUGGCGACAUCCGUAGGGAGAUGGGUCAAGCCACCCGCUAUUCCCGGGUUAACCAAACCCAGGCUGGAGACACCGGCCCCUUCGGCCCUGGACAGUGACCUGGUCCACGACCUCACUCUUUGCCUUGCUUUAGACUCCUGUAUCUUUGGAAAGCCUCCCCGCUUUGGCUCCCAGGCUUCUGGGUCCCCUUCCCCCUUCUCCACCAAGAAUUUGGUCAAGAUGAAAACUAAGGGUUCUGGUGGAAAUUUUGGGCAGGAAGCUGAGGCUCUGUGACCAGAAACAGAGUGUCCAGCUGUAGAUGAAGCCAGGACCCGGGACGUGGUUGUCCACCUAAGGCCUGAGUCUCAGCCUUUGUGAAAUCCUCUGUCCCAGCUUUGGUUCUGAGGUCGUAUUUAUUGAGAUAAAACCCCAGUGGGUGGGUGUGAAUCCGGGCACAGGUUGGGCCCGUGGGAUGUGGAGAAAGGGUGUUUUGGGGUUGCCAUGCAGGGGAAGCUAGGGUGGCAGAGAGGAUGGUUCCAUGGUGCUUGGAAUGCCCUCCGGACUUGAGGGCAGGUGCUAUUGGGCUCAAUUAAAAAUGCUAUAAUUUCCAA